GAACAGAACUUAGGCACUUGAAUCAUGGUGCUUCUGCUAUUGUCCUAUAAUCAGCUGAUAAAAGAUUUAUAAUUCAAGCUAUACACACGAGUUUUAACAAUUUUUAUGUUUAUUUUGACGCUGAGAUGCAUUUAUUGAAACAGUGAGAUCUAUGAAAUUCAUAACGUAAAUGCAAUCGUGGAGUCUCUUUUGAGAAUUUGUGAGUAGUAUCAUGAAUGUGCUUGUCAGCAAUUCCAACUGCUAAGCGUGCAAUCAAGCGCCGGAGAAUAUCAGGAGCUAAAAUUGGAUAAUGGGUAACGCAGGAAGUAAUCAACCUGUAAGUCAUCAUGCAGGUAAUUCCAAUUAUCAUCGUCGACUCAGUAGAGAUCAACCUCCUCCGUCCCCAAGUAAAGAGGGCCAGCCAUUUAUUUUUGAAAAAGCACCCAAUAAGAAUCUCGUUUUCCAAACUUCUCACGAGGAUGAAGAAUCCUAUUUUACAAAGAAAGACCUACAGGAUAGUAGUAAUUAUAAACAACGACCGCGAUCAAACACCGUCUCCGAAGGCACUAAAGUUGCUGACAGCAAAGUACUGCCAACUGUUUUCAAAUGGGAAGGUGGUGGUAAACAAGUUUUUAUCAGUGGAACUUUUACUGGUUGGAAAACACUGCCAAUGGUUAAAAGUCAUGGAGAUUUUGUAACGAUAAUUGACUUGCCAGAGGGUGAACAUCAAUACAAAUUUUAUGUCGAUGGAGAAUGGAGGCACGAUCCUGGCUUGAAACUUGUGGACAAUGGUAUGGGUUCAAAAAAUAAUUUAGUGUCAGUUAGAAAAUCGGACUUUGAAGUCUUCCAAGCUCUUGCAAAGGAUAGUGAAGGAGUCACCAGUAGUGCCCAAACGGAAUACGGUCAAGAGAUUCCACCACAUAAACCAUGGGAAAAAUCACCAGGACCACCGAUUCUUCCUCCACAUUUACUACAAGUUAUUCUCAAUAAAGAUACACCUCUUUCGUGUGAACCCACUCUCCUGCCUGAACCAAACCACGUUAUGUUAAAUCACCUUUAUGCCCUAAGUAUCAAAGAUAGUGUGAUGGUCCUCUCAGCAACGCAUCGCUAUCGCAAAAAGUACGUCACUACAUUAUUGUAUAAACCAAUUUAAAUUCCUCAAAUGGAAUGUUUUUUUCUUUUUUGACGAAAUCGCGAUGUAAUGGUUUUAAAACACAAACGAUCUCUUUUAAUCAGUGUAAAUAAACUUUACACUCGUAUAUAUAUCAAAUUAAAAAGAAAAAAAAAUUAGCUGCAAACGAUGCUAUUUACAAUCUCAUAAAACACACAAGUCGAAAGGAUUCUAUAAACAAAAACAAGAUUUUCCAUAAUUAAUAAAUUUUUAAUCGAUUAAGCAGAAAAUUAAUAAAAGAAGCAAUAUAAUAAAAAUUGAAUUGAAGGAAAAACAUUUUUUUAAAAAAUUUUUUAAAAUAAAUUUUAAUCCUAGUUGUAAAUUAUGACUUGUGUAUUUUAUGAAUACUCUUGCAAUAAUAGAAGUAAAUUUUCGAAUUUUUUUGAUUCCAACAAAAUGUUAUUUGUCUAAAAAAAGAAAAGAUGAAAAUUUUAUAAAUGUUAAAAUUUUCAUAAACUAUAUAUACAUAAAUAUAUAUAUAUAAAUAUAUUAUAUACAGAUAGUUGUAGCCUUGAAUAUUUUCAAUUUAUAUAAAUUAGAGAUGAUAAGUAUUUAGACUGAAUAAAGGCUACUAAAUUUUUAUACGUUGGAAUAUAUCAUUAAAUAUUUCAAAAUAUUUGAUGAAAUUUUUUGACAACUCAAUGGAGUUUAAUAAAAUGACGGAUGGGGAAAUUAUCAGUUUUUUUUUCGAAAACUGAAUAAUAAAUCAUCCUUUUUCAUUUUAAUUAUUGUAUUAACUGCGAGAUAUUAAAUAUACCAAAUAGUUAUCUUUCAAAUUUAAUUAUAUAAUUAUCACUUUACUCAAUAAGAUAAAGUUUCUGUUUUUUAUUUUGAAGAAUUAAAAAAAAUCUUUUAAAUAAAAAAUUGAAACAAAUUUUUGAAUAUUUAAAGACAAAUAACAUUAAAUUAAUCGUAAAAUUCGUAAAUUUCGAAUAUAUUAUUUUUAAAAAAUAUUGUUUAAAAAAAAAAGUUGACAAAGUUUUAUUAUAGUAAAGUAAUUUUCAAAUAAUUCUCGAAUGUUACAAAAUGAAAAAAAAAUUUAAUUCAAGUAAUUGUAUAAUGAAAAAUCAAUUGCGUUGCAGCGCCAUUUAGCUUUAACAACAAACAACCCCAUUUUUGCAAAGACUAUAUAUAUAUAUUUUUUUUGCCUUCAAGUACUUGCAUAUCCACAAACGAUGUGAGAGAACGCUUGUUACUAACAUGAAAAAGAGAAACAAAAAAACCUAAAAAAAAAAAAAAAAGUUUUUAAAUAAGGUAGUGUCUAACAAUAAUUUUAUUGAUUUUUUGGAACGUUUGUUGUACCUAAAGCGAUUGUAAAAUAUUGUAAUUAUCAAUGCGAAUACUGUAUUUAUUAAAAGCGAAAUAUUUUGAAUCGAGAUACCUUUCAAGCAAGACUUUUGCAUGUACAUACAAACUAGUAGUCAUAGGUACUUAAUAUUUAGUUAGGACUCGCAUUUAAACGCAAACUUCGAGUAAAAAAAAGAGCAUAUUUUCCAUUCAUGACUAAAAACCUGUGUGAAUUCUGUUAUUAUUCAAUUAUUCGUGAAUUACUUUCCUUUAAGGUAGUUUAAAAUGGCAACAAUUAUGAGAUUUUAAAAAAUAACACAAUUUGAAAAAAAUAUUUUUUUUUAAUUUCAGUCAUAUAAUGAAUUGCAAAAAAAUUAAAUUUUUUUUAUAUAAUAUUUACUCAUUUAUUAAAUUAGUUUUUCGUUAAAGUUUUUAUUGAAUUGUUUACUUUUUUUGACUUAUAAAUUUUUAAUAUCUAUUAUUGUUAAAGUUUUUAUUAUAUUUUUUACAUUUUAAGUGUAUUAAAAUUAACCUUUUCUUGUUGAUUCCUUUUGAUAGAAACUUUUUUUGAGGGGGAAAUAAUAUAUUAAUUAUUAAUCAUUUUAAAGUUAUAACUACCUUAAAGAUUGUAAAUAAUUUUAAUAAGAAUUCAUUCGAUUCGUUGCUUUAUACAGGGUUCGACUUUAAUAUAUAUAUAUACGCUUUUUGUUUUAUUGUGCCAUAAAAAUAUCGAGUUGUUAGCCAUGAAAUGAAAAUUUUGAAUUGUACUUUUGUAUUUUCAUUCAUUCACAUCGUCGAACGUGGAAUUAUUUCACGCUAAAUUGUACACACACACACAAUCGGAAAUAAGAAUAUUUGCAAGUUAAAAAAAAAAUUGUUACGCCUACAUCGUUCUUAGGCCUUUUCUCGAUUUUAAAUCCUCUUUAGUUUAUAUUUGUCAAUUUGUAAUAUUUUUUUUUGCGAUAGAAAAUUUCUUUAUAUUCGAUACGAUUUUCUAUUCUUUUUUUUGCUUUUAAUUUUAUCAUUUAUUAAUUGUCGCAGUUGAAUUUAUUUUAUGGUAAAAGGUCAAAGUUUAGAUGUUUUAGAAUUAGAGAACAAUUUCACGCGCAAUAACACCAAUUUUAUUAUUAUUAUUAUUAUUAUCAUUAUUAUUAACAGAUAAAAGUUGAUUGAGAGCAAUCGAAAUCGACAGUCUUCAACGAAUAAAGAAAAAUAUGCUGCCAAUAAA